UGUAGUGUAUUCGGAUGUAAAUCUUGGAAACUAUCGUGGCAUUUUUAUGGUUUUUUGAAAGCAACUCGUAAUAGAAAAUCAGCAGGUUUAAUUAAAAUGGCGAGGCAACAGAGGGCCGCAUUCAGUAUGAUCAAUAUUUAUUCCAAUGCCAAAGGAAACUUGGUGCAGUGUUUAUUAUAAUUAUAUUAUCUCUUAUGCGCAAUUGACGCUUACUAAAGUAAUUACUGCAAGUAAUCUUUCAACUGACUGAAUUCUUAUAUAAUUUGAAUGAAUGUAUGUUACUAUAAAUUUAUUAGCAGCUCAGAAAGAACAAACAGUUGUCAGCUCUGAAUGAGCAUUCGUAUCCGACGCUUAUAUGUGUACAGUCGGUAAAAAUUGUAGGUUAUGUACAAAGUUUCAAAAAUCUUUGAAAUUAAUUUUAUAUUAUAAUAACUUAUGAUAAUUGUAUUUAUUAAAGGUACAGCAUGUUAGCACUCAUUCACGGAUGUAGAAUGAACGUUCUUCUACGUCGAUUAACUGUACGGAAUCUUUUUGUUUGUAAUGACCUGUUUAUAUUUCAAUUGUUAAAUCACAAGAUAAAGGAUAAAACUUUUGUUAAUAAAUUAUUCAGUACUUCAUUGGAACUUACAAUUGCUAAUCCAAUAGUUAACAAAUAUUUAGAUUAUAUUAUGAAUGAAUAUAAAAAGGGAAAACAUAAUAGUGUUCUGGAAAAUAUUGAUCUUCGAGUUGCAUCUCAUCUCUUGGAGAGCAGACAGUUGAUCAUUGAAAAUAUUGAGGCUUUGAAUGAGAUGAUCAAACAGGACCCUGAGAUGAAGAAACUUGCGGAUGAAGAACAAUCAACAUACAAGGCGCAAUUAUUAGAAUUAGAUAACAAACUGCUAGAUGUAAUUUUACUAAAUUUAGGAAAACAAGGUUAUAAUGACAUAGUGCUUGAAAUAACAGCUGGAGUAGGGGGUCAAGAAGCAAUGUUAUUUGCAGCAGAACUUUUUGAUAUGUAUUUGGGUUAUAUAUAUUAUUUAGGGUUCACUCAUUCUAUAGCAGAGCAAGAUAUAUCAAGUACAGGUGGUAUUCGUCAUGCAAGUAUUUUAAUAUCAGGAGAGGCAGCAUUUGACAAAUUAAAGUAUGAAGGUGGAGUUCACAGAGUACAAAGAAUUCCAUAUACUGAGAAAUCUGGACGUGUACACACUAGUACUGUGUCUGUAGCAGUUUUACCACAGGUUAGCGAAAUUGAGGUUGCAUUGGAUGAAAAAGAUUUAAAAAUAGAAACAAAACGAGCAUCAGGAGCAGGUGGUCAACACGUUAAUACAACAGAUUCUGCUGUGAGGAUAUUACAUAUACCAACUGGAAUAGCAGUGGAAUGUCAGUCGGAUAGAUCACAACUAAAAAAUAAAGAAACAGCAUUGACACGAUUACGAACAAAAAUCUAUGAGAAACAAUUGAACGAGCAAAUGGCAUCCACUAGCGAAAUGAGAAGAAGACAAAUGGGUCUUGGAAAUAGAAAUGAGAAAAUUCGAACAUACAAUUACAAUCAAGAUCGCAUAACUGAUCAUAGAAUAUCAAAUGGUACUCUUCAUAAUUUGAAAGGAUUUCUGCAAGGUGGAGAAGCUCUAGAAGAUUUGCAAAUGAGAUUGCAGGAUGACUUGCAGAAAAAUAUUUUACUGGAAGCUAUAAAAGAUGUAGAAAGAAGUUCAAAAUAAAAGUGGUUUUCAUGGA